AUGAGCAGUGAAGGUUCUGCCGGAGAGGCAGCUACAGAGGCUCAAGGCUUGAACCCGGGGUUGGUAGUUUUGCUUGUUGUUGGAGGUUUGCUUGUGACGUUCCUUGUCGCUAAUUACGCUAUGUACAUGUAUGCUCAGAAGACUCUACCACCAAAGAAGAAGAAGCCCAUCUCCAAAAAGAAGCUCAAGCGUGAGAAGCUGAAGCAAGGAGUCCCUGUCCCCGGUGAAUAG